CGCAGCUGUUAGCACCAUUUUGUGAUGAACGAAAAGAGAGAAGACUGAUAGUGGAGCAUAGUCAGCUGGAUAGAUAGAUAGAUGUAUAAGUGUUAGUUUUCUCGUGAAUCUAGUUUACUAAAGGUCUUAUUUAAUUCAAAAAAAGAGGGGAGUUUUAUAUAAAUAUAUAAAACGACUUUACCGGAAGUUUGUUUGAUCAGCUAGCUUUUAGAUAUUAGCUGAGUCAGUUAGCUAGCGCGCGAGCUAAGCAGCUAAUUAAAGCUGCAAUAGAUUAAAUAUUAAACCUACAGAUACUCAAAUAAAGAGCAAGCCAGCAAGUGUGAGAAGAAAAUGAGCUCCCCCUCUACUCAAAAAGUCGUGCUGAAAAGCACCACCAAGGUGUCCCUGAACGAGCGCUUCACAAACAUGAUGAAGAACAAGCAGCCGACCGCCGUUAGCAUCCGGGCGACCAUGCAGCAGCAGCACAUGGCCAGCGCAAGGAACCGCCGUCUCGCCCAGCAGAUGGAGAACAGGCCGUCGGUGCAAGCAGCUCUGCAGCACAAACAGAGUCUGAAGCAGCGGCUUGGGAAGAGCAACAUUCAGGCACGGCUGGGCCGGCCCAUUGGCCCGCUGAUGCGAGGCGGUGCUGUGGGUCGUGGCUUCGGUGUAUCAGGAAUGCGUGGAGCUACGCGAGGCCUCAGAGGACGAGGAAGAGGAGGCCCCAUGAGAGGAGCGCUGGCUCUGAGAGGUCAGCUGAAGGGCCGAGGUGGUCCAGGGCGUCUGGGUAUUCGCAGGGGAAUGCGUCAGCGUGGAGGAGCCACAGGCCGAGGAGCUGCUCUGACUGGCCGAGGAGGAGCACGUGGAGGAGCUGGAGCCCGUGGUCGCGGAGGUUUGCGCGGUCGUGGCGGUUUCCUCGGGAGAGGCCGUGGCCGAGGGAGAGGCAGAGGAACAGGACGUCCCGCUGUCACCAGGGAACAGCUGGACAAUCAACUGGAUGCCUACAUGUCCAAAACCAAGGGACAUCUGGACGCAGAGCUGGAUGCGUACAUGGCCCAAGCGGACCCAGAGAGCAUGGAGUGAUCUGCAGAUGUAUACACUGAUGUGUCAGCUAGGCAUAUAGUUACAGGCAUUUUUCUCCUGAAUUUAAUCAAAAUGCUAUUUCCACUGAACUUUCUACAAAGUGAUGAGAUGUACAAGGUGAGAGCUGGAUGUGCUCUCGGUUGUUAAGCUCCUUAAGCUUAUUUACUGAUUAAAGCGAAAAUGGAGCACCUUUUAUACAGCGUAGGCUCCUUUAGUGUUGACGCAGUGCUGAUUGAAUGAAGGAGGACAUGGAUGUGCUCGUCCACCAUCUUACUAGGAGCUUUGUUCUUGAUGCGGACCUUCAGAAAAUAGACUUUUUACCCUGUGACUUUUUUGAGCUGGACUUUUGGAGAAUAUUAUUAUUAUUGUUAUUAUUAUUAUUGGUUUACUCUACAAAAUAUUCAGAUUUGUUAUGGCACUGUGCUACAAACAUGCUUCCCUUCAUUUUACUGUGCUUUUAAAUGUUCUGAACAAGUCAUGUGAAGACUGCAACUGUUUUAAAAAAAAAAUCCACUACAUAGCAUCUUGGUCUUGUAAUUUGACAUUUUUACUUUCUUUUAAUAAAUAUUGACCUUGAUGGACAAUAA